CUGAGAAGUCUGUAAAUGGGGGUUGAGGGGUUUUGUAAUUUCUAACACCGUGACUACAAAAUCAUUGGAUAAUCCAUUGAACCAUUCGGGUAUGGAAGAUACAAUCUCGGGUACUAAUCAAGACGAUCAAGAACAAUCAAUUUCUGAUUGUGAAAGUGGAAUUUCCAAUCCGGAAUCUCAAUAUUGGGGUGAUGGGUUGAUCAAAGUGGAUGAAGGGAACAGACUACACCAUCUUAUCAAGAACAGAUUGAUUUCGGGUUUGGGAUCUCAGGGAGCACAUACAAGAGUAGAGGCCAUUCAUAGGAAUGCUUAUUCUAGCUAUACAAGAAGAGCCAGGUUUCAUUCGUUUCAGAUUUACUCCCAAGCUAUAGAAAAGAAGAAUGGUGGUAGUAAUGUUAAUGUGAAGUAUGGUUGGUAUGGUGGUUCCAAGGAUGAGAUAAGUGAGAUCAUCUCACAUGGCUUUGGUCAUUGUAGAAGCUUUGAGAAAGAUGGAUUUGGUUGCUGUGUCUUUCUCUCUCCUGAUGAUUCUCCAACUGAAAGUGUGAAAUCCUCAGUUAUUGAUGAGAAUGGGUUAAGGCAUCUCUUACUUUGUCGGGUUAUCCUGGGUAAGAUGGAGCUUGUUCAUCCUGGUUCUGGACAGAGUCAUCCAAGUAGUGAGGAGUUUGAUUCUGGAGUAGACAAUCUACUAUCUCCUAAGAAGUAUAUUGUUUGGAGUACCCACAUGAAUACUCAUAUCUUGCCAGAGUAUGUGAUAAGUUUCAGAGCUCCUUUUCACUUGGAAGGGUGUGAGAGGAUCCAAGACUGCCCGAAGAAACCCACUUCACCAUGGAUGCCGUUUCCAACUCUCAUCUCUGCACUUUCCAAGUUCUUACCACCUCAAACCAUCAAAUUAAUCGCAAAGCAUCACAGCCAUUUUAGAGGACACAAGAUCUCACGGCAUGAGUUAAUACGGGAAGUGAGACAAAUAGCAGGAGACAAGUUGUUGACAAUGGUCAUAAAAUCUUUUGGAGACAAGGGUAUGGUGCCUUGAUGAACACAACAACAUAAAGCAUCCCCUGAAAUUUUCUCCGGAAAAUAGCUCCAACAAGUUACAGCGCCGGAAUGGAAGAAACCGUGCUCGUAUGCAGGGAUGAAUCGAAGAUUUUCGUGCUGAUCAAGAUGAGAGUUGCCAUUGUGAAUAGAAGAGAGAA